AUGAAGCGUGCGGCAAGCCCAUCGAAGCCAGCGAAGGCAGUCAAGCGCGUGCCCGUGGACUUGAACCAGACGCACCCGGUGGUACGCUUGCGAGCCGCUGGCAAGGAUGGAGGAGAACUGACCUUCAAAUUCCAGCACACCCCUGUGGCGCCUCGCGUGAAAGUCCAGGACGCAGAUGCCUUGAGGGACCUGCUCGGCCAGGAGACCACCAGAUCGGUAAGCACCAGCGGCACCUGGGCGCGACAGCCGCGGGCGCCGUGGAUUGAGCAAAUGGUGCGCGAGCUGUGCCCGGAGAAGCGGGAGCUAUUGCGGUACCGGCUCCGACGAGUGCAGGCAGAAGUGGCGACAUCCAAGGAGAGCUUCCUUGACCGAUGGGGCCAUUCUGCCGAUUUCGCCAGCAUCGCCAUAGACAUGUGGCUGGAUGACAAGUCCCUAGAGGAGGUGCUGCAGAGGGCGAAGGAGUUGGGCCAGAUGAGUACAUCUCAGGAAGAUGCUCAGCCCGGUUUCAUCCUCGAGGGCGACUGGGUGGACCUCGUGGCUCGCUCGGAGGACUUGGCCUUCGACGCCCUGCGGCCCAUGAUCACCAAGCUCUCCGGGCCGGAGGCCCACGUGUACACGGUGUCCAAGGAGAACUGCUUCGAGCAGGAGGGCGCAGUCUGGCGCCCAACAGCCCAGCUCACACCACAAGAGCGCCAGGGCUCGCUGAAUACCACUUGGGACUACAAGAAGACGCCCAGGAGUGGAGUGGAGCUCUUGGACGAUUACUUCCUCCGCAUCUCAGAGCUUCUGCAGCCCUGUGAUGCUGCCGACCUGAACCAACGACUGUACCUGAUUUGGAAGCUGCCGCACUAUGUCACUUCAUAUCAUCAGGACACCCACGUGCCGCCUCAUUUCACCCUCUACAACCAGGUCUCUGGGGUGAGCAUCUUUCACUUCAUGCCAGUACUGGUAGGUCUCUACUUGACCCACGUGGGCCAGCGCAACGUCUUCGAGCUCAAGCGAGCCUUGGAGCGGCUGGACGAGCUGCGGGUGGGCUCCCUCGCCGUGCUGGGCCCCGGGCAGGUGGCGCUCAUCGCCCCGACCGGGUCCCACGGAGUGUGGGUGCCGUGCCCGCACUAUACCCCGGCCAUGGCGGGAAGAGGAAGCGUCUCGGUGAUCCGGGCUGCGGAGCUCUUCCUGCGGCCCAUCUUCCAGGCGCUGAGCGAGCGCCUCAUGAAAGAUGACUGGCCAGACGUCAUGAAGGUCGAGGACGACUGA